AUGACCCCAGGGGCGCUGGUGCUGCUGCUGGGGGCGUUGGGGGCGCCUUUCGCCCCGGGCGCCCGCGGCUCGGAGGCAGACAGCCGAGUCCGCGAGAAACUUUUCUCGGGCUAUGAUAGCUCGGUGAGGCCGGCGCGGGAGGUGGGAGACCGCAUCGGGGUCAGCAUUGGUCUCAGCCUAGCGCAAUUAAUCAGCCUGAACGAGAAGGAUGAGGAGAUGAGCACAAAGGUCUCCUUAGACCUGGAGUGGACUGACGACAGGCUGAGCUGGGACCCUGAGGAGCACGAGGGCAUCGCUUCACUCCGCAUCACUGCCGAAUCCGUGUGGCUACCAGACGUGGUGCUCCUAAACAACAACGACAGAAAUGUUGACGUUGCUCUGGACAUCAGCAUCGUGGUGUCCUCCGACGGCUCCGUGCGCUGGCAGCCCCCGGGCACCUGUCGCAGCAGCUGCAGCAUCCAGGUCACCUACUUCCCCUUUGACUGGCAGAACUGCACCAUGGUGUUCAGUUCCUAUAGCUAUGACAACUCAGAAGUCAGUCUGCAGACCGGCUUGGGUCCCGAUGGGCAGGAGCGGCAGGAAGUGCACAUUCAUGAAGACACCUUUAUCGAGAAUGGUCAAUGGGAGAUUAUUCACAAGCCUUCUCAGCUAAUCCAGCCUCCAGUGGAUCCUAGGGGAGGGGGGGAAAGACGGCGUGAAGAAGUCACCUUCUACCUCAUCAUUCGUCAGAAGCCUCUCUUUUACGUGGUCAACGUCAUUGCCCCACGCAUCCUCAUCACUCUUCUGGCCAUCUUCGUCUUCUACCUGCCACCAGAUGCAGGAGAGAAGAUGGGGCUCUCGAUCUUUGCCCUGCUGACCCUUACUGUGUUCCUGCUGCUGCUGGCAGACAAAGUGCCUGAGACCUCCCUGUCUGUCCCCAUCAUUACCAAAUACCUCAUGUUUACCAUGGUCCUCGUCACCUUCUCAGUCAUCCUUAGCAUCGUAGUCCUCAACCUGCACCAUCGCUCACCCCACACCCACCAAAUGCCCCUUUGGGUCCGUCAGAUCUUUAUCCACAAACUGCCUCCGUAUCUGGGUCUGAAGAGACCCAAACCUGAGAGAGACCAGAUACCGGAGCCACCUCCUAUACCUCUCAGGGAUUCUCCAGGAAGUGGCUGGGGUCGGGGAACAGAUGAAUAUUUCAUCCGCAAGCCAUCACAAGAUUUUCUCUUCCCCAAACCCAACAGGUUCCAGCCUGAACCGUCUGCCCCGGACCUGCGGCCAUUUAUCGAUGGUCCAAGCCGGGCUGUGGGCCUGCCUCCCGAGCUACGGGAGGUCGUUUCCUCAAUCAGCUACACCGCUCAACAGCUGCGGGAACAGGAGGACCACGACGCGCUGAAGGAGGACUGGCAGUUUGUGGCCAUGGUGGUGGACCGCCUCUUCCUGUGGACCCUCGUCAUCUUUCUGGAUGCCACGUACCACUUGCCCCCUCCCGACCCCUUUCCUUGA